ACGGGAUUUUCACUCCAAAAAUCACAGCAAUCAAUUAACACUCAAUCACAUAAAUUCACUUGAAUCAAGCUAAAUCAUGGUCUAAUUACUAUCAAUUUUCUCCCCUAAUUAAUCCAGAAUUUCGGACACAAAGGGCAGCAAUUAAAUGGCUAAACUUGCACUUAGAGAAGCUGCCACAUACCAUAAUUCUCCAGCUGUAGAAACCGGAGCUAUAGGGGGAAAGAGGCCGGCGGCAAGCUGCAGGGAAAGCUCACGGCCCAGAAUUCACCCAAAAUCAAGGGCAGCCGGCGGUGAGGAAGAUAGAGCAGAGCAGAUCUGGAUUUCCAGCAAGGGGGAAAGAUUUCUGGGUUCCAAAUCAGGUUAUUGGACAAGAAAGAAGGAGAAAACCAAGCUUAUCUCACCGGUUUCUCAAAGGCAUGGCUGGGUUCCCCUUUUUUUUUUUCUUUCGAGUGGCUGCAGCGGGAAGAAAGGAGAAGAAGAGCAGAAUCGGGCAAGGCUGGGAAGAAAAGAAAGAAAGAAAGAGAAAAAGAAAAGAACUGAACAAGAAGUAAGCUGCCGGCAGCAGCCCUCCCUUGAAGAAAAACCAAAAUUCCAGAUUUGCUCUGCUCUGUCUUCACCGCCUGCUGCUCUUGGAGUGGGUGCGAAUUUCUCUGAUUUUUGGAUUUCCCGAAUUUUCCCCUGCACUUCCCGCCGGCUCUUCCCUAAACUGCAGUUUCGAUUUUGCUGGAAAAUUGUGGUUCUUGAUUCUUGGGGCAUUUUAGUAAGUGGAUUGAGUCUUCGGUAUUACAGAUUUGAGGAAACGAAGUCAAGGAUGGGGAAAAACGAGGGGAGUGACGAGUUAGAAGGCUAGCCAUCUUGUAAAUUGGACAUAGAUUUUAGAUAUAAAUCACGAUCUUGUAAGCUAGACUUUAUUUGGAGAUUUUAUGAUAUUAGAGCAAAUUUUAUAAUUUUAUCUUCAUAUUUUAUGGUAUCAGAUUGUGAUAUGAUAAAAUUCUGAGCCUUGC